CGCGAUCCACCCCGACUAUACUUUCGUACAGUACAGUCUGCAGCCGACGAACCGCCUUGCAUAUACAGUACAAAACUUGGAAAUUCUUCUUGGAAUGCAUGUUUAGACAGACAGAUUUAACACCCCUCACCUAGAAGUCACAACUACCCCUCCUCAUCGCGGGGUACGCAGUCAUCGUGAGCAUCAUCAUCUUCUUUAUCAUCCCUAUCAAUCCUCCAAACACCAUGCCAUCACCAUAUACAAACCCCAAACUAAUCACUGCCAGAAGAUGCCCUUCUCCCACCACAGCCACUCAGGGCAAUUCUGCCCCGGCCACGCCAAAGACUCCCUGGAGGAGAUCAUCCAACUAGCCAUCCAGAAACGCUUCCACACCUUCUGUCUAACCGAGCAUAUGCCCCGACACAAGGAGGACUUUUACCCUGAAGAGAUCGAAGCCGGCAAUACCGAAGAAAGCCACCUCGCCAACGAAAAAGCCUACUACGCUGAAGCCACGCGCCUACGCACCAAGUACAGCACGGCAGAAACCAACAUCCUCAUCGGCUUCGAGAUCGACUGGAUCCGCGAACCGGGCUCCCUCGCCCUGAUCCAGCAGUCCCUGGCCGCCCACCCCUUCGACUUCUUCAUGGGCUCGAUCCACCACACCUGCACCGUGCCCAUCGACUACGACCGCGCCAUGUACGAGCAGGCCCGCGCCGCCGCCGGCGGCUCCGACGAGCGCCUGUUCGCGGCCUACUUCGACGAGCAGCUGGCGAUGCUGCGGCAGGUGCGGCCGCUGGUCGUCGGGCACUUCGAUCUGAUCCGGUUGAAGAGCGAUGAGCCCGAUGGGAGUCUGCGGCGGUGGGGUCUUCACGAAGAUGGGGUCUGGGCGAAGGUGCGCCGCAACCUGGCGUUCGUGGCGGGCUACGGGGGUCUGCUGGAGGUGAAUUCGGCGGCGUUGCGGAAGGGGAUGCGCGAGCCGUAUCCGAUGGGGGAGGUUUGUCGGGAAUUCCUCGCCCUCGGCGGCCGCUUCGUGCUCUCGGACGACAGCCACGGGCUGGACCAGGUAGGGCUGAACUACCACCGCGUGCUGCCGUGGCUCGAGGCCGUGGGCAUCACGACGGUGCAUUAUCUGGCGUUAUCCGACCAAGAAGACGGGGUCGUCGAUCCGCGGUUCCCUCGCACGCGCGUUCGGGGCAUCUCGGUGGCAGAGAUGAAGAAGUUGCCGUUUUGGGAGGCCAACGCUACUGCAGCCUGAUUUUAGGUCUGCAUGGGAAGAGCAUGCAGGGGAUUUGCUUUUUGUGAUACAUGGAGGACCAUCUGCACGGUACUUAUUUUUUUUUUUUGGGCAAAGUACAUACUAUCAAUAAAUCAACCUAUCUAUCAAUUCGAGACAGUUUGGGGUUGACUAGUCAAAUCCCCCAGAUAUCACAUACAAAAACAUCCAAGCAAACAC